UAUUGUGUACAAAUUUACGGAUUUCACCGUUGCGGGUUGUUGCCGUCGAUUGACCUCUCGGGCGUUACCCCAUCCACAAAUCACCAGGAUGAAAGAAGUGAGUUUCGGGCCUGGUAAGAUAUUAUUGUGCAGAAACAAGAAGGGCGAGCUGUCGGCCGUCGGCUCAAAAUGCACGCACUAUGGCGCCAGGCUCGUCACUGGCACCUACGGCGGUGGGGAUCACGUUCGCUGCCCGUGGCACGGCGCCUGCUUCAACACCAAGACGGGCGACAUCGAAGACUAUCCCGCCAUGGCCGCGUUGCCGGUGUUUCAAGUCAGAGUGUCUAACGACGAGAUCAUCGUACGCGCUAACGUCAAGGACGUGCAGUGCGGCAGGCAGAGUACCCCUCUUUUCACCCAAGUCAACGAUAGCCCAUUGUUUGUCAUAGUCGGUGGAGGCGCGGCGGGGUCCUCCUGCGCCGAGACGCUGCGCAAAGCCAACUUCACCGGCCGCAUUGUGGUCGUCUCUAAAGAAAACGUGUUGCCGUACGACCGACCCAAACUGACCAAGGCCAAAUCUAUAAAACCGGAAAACAUACUGUUGCAGCCCAAGCAGUUCUGGGAUGACAUCAAGGUCGAGUACCUGCUUGGAACGCACGCGACCGAAGUCGACGCGAGGUCAAAAAUUGUAACUCUGAACACCGGCGAAGUGCUUCAUUAUUCCGCCUGUCUGAUUGCGACAGGCGGGAAGCCACGCAAACUCCCCCUGCCCAACCUGGACGAAGCCAAAAACGUGUUUUAUCUAAGGAGCAUAGAAGACUGCAUGUCCAUUCAAGAUCGGGUGGAUCAGAAGAGAGUUUUGGUCAUCGGGUCCUCUUUCAUAGGCAUGGAGAUAAGCGCGACCAUCCUAGAUAAAGUCUCAAGCGUAUCCAUAGUGAGCAUGGAUGCUGUUCCUAUGGAACGCGUUCUCGGGCCGCAAAUUGGAGAGGCCUUGAAAAAAUUGCAAGAGUCUAAAGGCAUCCAAUUCUAUUUGAAAAAGAACAUCCAAUCGACCAACAUAAACGACGCCGGCGACAUCACGGAUGUCCUGUUGGAUUCGGGCGAGUCGCUGUCGUGCGAUAUAGUCAUCAUAGGCGUGGGCGUCGUUCCAAACACCGACUUCGUCAAAGGACUGGAACUCGAUCCCAACGACCACUCGAUCGUGUGUGACAAAUACAUGAAAGCGUUUGACAGCUUGUACGUGGCCGGAGAUAUCGCCAAAUUCCCACUAAAACUGCUCGACGACGAAUUGGUCCGCAUCGAACACUGGGGCAUGGCUCAAACUCUAGGCUCUACGGCGGCCUGGAACAUGGCCGGCAUCGAGAAGCCAUUGGAAUCAGUCCCCUUCUUCUGGACGUCCAUGUUCGGGAAGUCUGUACGCUACGCCGGACACGCUCGUCACUUUGACCAAGUUAUUUUCGACAUGCCCCCCGAUGGACUAGAACCAUCCGGCAUGAAGUUCAUCGCGUGCUAUUGCGACAAAAACCGAGUGCUUGCCGUGGCGAGCAUGGGAUCCGAUCCAGCGGCGUCUAUCGCCUGCGAGCUCAUGUGUACCAACAAAAUGCCCGACGUCAACACAAUUCAAGACACUAUAAAAAAAGGAGAUUCGCUUAUUUCAUUUUUCAGUUCGCUCCUCUAGCCCUCCUUUUCUCAAUUACCCCGUCCCUUGCAACUCCAAGUACAAACACCUAAUAAACCCCGCCUGGAAACCAUCUGCAUGGCCCUCGCAAUGC